GCCGCGGCGAGGAGGCCGCUGCCCCCGGAGGGAGGCGGACGCGGCCCGCCACCGCGGCAGCGGGGAGGAGGGGAGGCCGGUCCCGCCUGGUCCGGUUCGGUCCCUGACCCGGUUCCGCGGCGUGUUAUCUCGGGUGUGGCCUCCUCCCCGGCGGGCUCGGUGGCCUCCGUCUCGGGUGGGCAUUUGGACCCACCCCUCGGCGCCGCCGCCGGUGGGUUGGAGUGACCGAGAAGGCUUCGCGGAGGGGAGCUUGGCCUCUAGAAGAAAGGCGGCAGUAAUGCUAACACUGGCAAGCAAGCUGAAGCGGGAUGACGGUCUCAAGGGAUCCCGGACAUCAGCCUCCACAUCGGACUCUACUCGGAGGGUUUCUGUGAGAGACAAGCUGCUUGUUAAAGAGGUUGCAGAACUCGAAGCUAAUUUACCCUGUACAUGUAAAGUACAUUUUCCUGAUCCAAACAAGCUUCAUUGCUUUCAGCUGACUGUAAGCCCAGAUGAGGGUUACUACCAGGGUGGAAAAUUUCAAUUUGAAACUGAAGUUCCUGAUGCCUACAACAUGGUGCCUCCCAAGGUAAAAUGCUUGACUAAAAUCUGGCACCCCAACAUCACAGAAACAGGAGAAAUAUGUCUAAGCUUACUAAGAGAGCAUUCAAUUGAUGGCACUGGCUGGGCGCCCACUAGGACGUUGAAGGAUGUUGUUUGGGGAUUAAACUCUUUAUUUACUGAUCUUUUGAAUUUUGAUGAUCCACUGAAUAUUGAGGCUGCAGAACAUCAUUUACGAGACAAGGAGGAUUUUCGGGACAAAGUGGAUGAAUACAUCAAACGCUAUGCCAGAUGAUAAGAGGAGAGAUUACAGGUCUGAGGACUCUGUCACAGUUGUCUCUGAUGUGAAACAGCUCGAGGUAGCCCACCUCCCCAUCCUCAUACUCCCUGUCAGCCCCUUGGGAUUGUCCCAGUCUUGCGACCAUGUUGUCCUGAAGAAGACCAUCCUCCUGACUACACAAUACAGCAAGAAAGUGUGUCUGGGCCUCGAGAGCGUUGUCUGCUUCCCUUAACAUGUUUACUGAAACUCUACUGUCUAGGCUGUGGGAUUCCUCCGAAGUUGUAAUGAACUUACCACUGAGGAUAGCGCUUGCUUCCCUUCCCCCAACAAAAUCGGUGUCCUGCACAAGUGAUGUAAUGACACGUUCGGUGUGACUGGCAGAUUGGCAAUAAGAAACCCGCUAUAAACUGUGAUUGGAUGCACAUUCUCUUAGCUUCUUCCACGAAUGUUGGCCCUGCCUAGAUGUGAAGCUUCCCAGAAUGCAUAGUCAUUCACUGUAGAUCUUACUGAAAUGCGUAUUUUAUUUAAUGUAAGUAUAUUUUGGAACAGAUUUGUAAUUUGUACAAUUUGAUGCUUUAAUUAUUUUUUCUAUUCUCAUUUAGUUUGUAUUUUCAUUGUAUAGAGCAGACACAAAGAUACUGGGUCAAGCAACUCUUGAAGAGAAAUACAGAGAGACCAUGAAAGGCACAUUACUCAGUUUCUCCAGAUGCAGCAGGAAUCAGGCUCUUCCUGCUGUCCACAUGUGGCAAGGAUGUUUUGGAGACUUAGAACCUAGACCUGAAUGAUCAAAACCAAAGGCAGGAAGGCGUCUCUCACAUGCUACCCAGACACAGCAGCCUGGGCUUCCUAAGCAAGGGUGGUGGCUGAUUCUGCAGUUGUCAUAGCGUGAGCCGGGGCUUCCUUAACCGAGCUCUGUCUUUGCUGUCCAGCAAGAGGAAAUGCCUGGGGAAUCAGCUCAGUCUCUGGUGCUGCCAAGACUGCACUGUGACUGUCUUCUGACUUACCAGUGGUUCCAAGCCCGAAUAGGCUAGGCAGCAGCAGCAGAUACCAUACUCAGUCAGAGUAGAGCACUUCAGGGUCAGCCCUGUAGAGAGACUGGUGGAUUUAGUCUAGCUUUAGACAUUUAAACCAGUGCAAUCUAAUGCAAAAUAAAUGCAUGUCUGGUUUUAUUCACUGCCUGCCUAGCAUUCACACUUAACGGCCAGUCUUCCUGCUUGUCAUCCUCGGGGUUUAGUGUGCUUUGCAAGGUCUUUGCAAGGCUUGCUUCCCACUUGGUAGCAGGAAGUGGACCAGUUAGCCACAAGGGGUGGCAUCAUCUGGAAGGCCACAUACCUGGAUGAACAGGGCAGGAAGAAUGGGGCCGACAGAGUGAAUGGUGGGACCCCAGUGAUCCAGGACUUGCCCAGGAGCCUGGAGACUUUAUCCUGUGCCGCUGUUAGUGUCACUGGGUACUCGGCAGCCAGGCACUCUUGGUGCCCAGCUGAUCAAGGUGCCUGACGGACAGUGCUGGCAUCCAAGAUAGGACUUCCUCACAAGAUGCUUCAGUGGAAGAGCACGUGUGUGCUCAGCGUGGGAGACCAGGCCGCCCGGCUCAAGCUGUGCUGACAAUGGUGCUACCUCAGGGCAUUACACAGUAGCAUUUCAUUAGAGGCAGGUCCCUGUGACAGGACCUUUCCUGUCAGACAGCCCAUACUGUCUCAUUCUGUUAGUGGGACUCCCUUAGAAAGAGUUCUCUCCCCGGCCCACAGACCCUCCGCCUCACCUCUCACAGUGAGCAGUACUGUGCCUGACCUGCCCCACACUGCCAGCUUCUUCAUCUCCCCACCCUGGCCAUAGUAACAUUCUAACUAGUCCUUGUGACCUCAACCAAGCUGGUAAGUUUAGUUCUGCCGAGAAGUGUGAUCCCCAAGCUUGUGAAGAGGCUGGGUCAGCCUGCUAUGGAAACUGGUAGGAGUGGUCUGGCCUGGGAAAGGGAAGCUCUUGGGCAGCCUGAAUACACUGUGGCUGUCAACCUUUGCCUCCUGGGUCUUGGCUCUGCUCUGGAGCCUGCUGCUCAGACUUGGGUGUCACUUGUAUGUUCUCACACUGUGGGUGGGCCUCUCAGGACACCCCACCCCAACAGGUCACUUCCUUUUGCAGUCUUUCUAGGAGCUGGAGCAGGGAUAUCAUUAGGCGAGUCCAGGUCUUGGCUGUACACUGCUGUGCUCUUUCUCCCAGUCCUGCUCUUGCCCAUUCGUUUGCUCUGCUUUCUGUUUGUUUUGUGUGGUCCAGGCUGACCUUCUGCCUCAGUCUCCUAAGUUCUGGGAUGGGAUGUCACAACACCCAGCUCAUCUUGGUUUUUUACCCACUGUUUAGGGAGUGUGUGAGCAGAUCCCAAGGUGCAGGGUCUUCAGUGGUGGGUGUCCUCCUUUUUCACCAUAUUCAAGCACUGAGAACCUUACAGACACCGUGUAGUUGCUGCUGAACAGUCAGCAAGGUAUGCUCUUGCAAGAGCAGUCAAUGCUGUAGAGAAGCUCUGUGGACCUUCUUCCCAGGGAGCACCACUGUUGUACCCUGACUCCUUGCUUCUGUAAAUGCACUGCCAUGAAAGCUCUCAGAGCGACCUAAAGCCACACCUUGUAUUUCCUCCCCUGUGAAAUCUGAUGGGUUAUGUUCUGGUUAACCUUUAGUUGAACUCCAAAAUCACUGCAGUUCCUGUGGACAGCAGGGUGGGGUUUGUUGGUAUUUGUUUAGAUUUAUUUAUGUAUUCUAAGUAUUAUGAGUGCUCUGUCUGCAUGGACUCCUGCUUGCCAGAAGAAGGAAUCAGAUCACAUUGUAGAUGGUUGUGAGCCACCAUGGGUUUGCUGGGAAUUGAACGCAGGACCUCUGGAAGAGCGGCCAUCUGUGCUCUUAACCCCUGAGCCGUCUCUCCAGCCUGACAUCAGGGUUUUUGCUGACAACCCAGCGAAUUUUUUUUUCUUUUCUUUUUUUGGUUUUGCGAGACAGGGUUUUCCUGUGUAAUUUUGGUGCCUGUCCUGGAAUUCGCUUUGUAGACCAGGCUGCUCUCAAACUCACAGAGAUCCGCCUGGCUCUGCCUCCCGAAUGCUGGGAUUAAAGGUGUGCACCACCGCCGCCGGCCCAGCAGAAUUUUUUAUUGUAGAAAUACCACUAAUGGGCUGGCAAGACAGUUCAGUGGUAAAGGUGCUUGUGCACAUGCCUGGUGACCUUAGUUUCAUCCUCGGAACCCAUGUAAAAGUUCACUCCACAGAGUUGUCCUCUGAUCUCCACCUGUGUUAUGGCGCAUGCUCACACACAUUAAGAAAGUUACGGUUUAAAACAAUAGAAGGCUAUAAGCCAGCAGCCGCAGUCUCUAGUAGGCACUUCCUCAUUGUCUGUCUCGAGGUGACUGCCCCUUCACCUACUUACACAUAUCCCAUUUAGAGAUCCAGAUUGCCACAGUUCCACUGUUCUAAAUGUGCUUAGUGUGGUAACAUGGCUAGGAAUACUUUUACCAAAGACGACUUUGCCAAGGAGAGCCUGUGACCCCCUCCUCCCAUGCCCUGUAUCAAACACUGGGCAGCACAGGGGCUCAUGCAGGAGGCCACACUGCCUGUCUGUGCUUCUUGAAAGAAUUACGGUUUGAAAGCACGUGGUGGAGGCCUCUGUUAAGAAUAUGUUUGUACAUGUUGAGUGGCAUAAAGACUUGAAUCCUCUCAAAUCUCA